UCAAACGUCAAAUCGUGAAUUUGUUUUGUUGUUGUUUAUUUUCACUUUUUCAGUGUGUUUUAUUUUUUACUUUAUCUGCUGUUAAAGUGAUAAUCUAUUAUGAAUUCAUAACUUAAAUAUCUUUCGACAGCAUAGCGCAGUAUGGAUAAUUAUAUUGUAAUAUCUUUUGUCGGCGAGGGAUCGUUUGGGCGAGUUUUUAAAGCGAAACAUAAGGACACCGACGCUAUUGUUGCUCUAAAAGUUAUCAGGAAGAAAGGGCGAUCAUCUAAAGACUUGAAAAAUUUGAGACAGGAAUGUGAUAUACAACGGCAGCUCAACCAUCCAAAUGUAAUUCGUAUGAUCGAUAGCUUUGAUACAGAAUCUGAAUUGGUUGUUGUAACAGAGUAUGCUGAGAAGGAGUUGCAUAGUAUUCUGGCUAAAGAAGGAUGUUUGAAUGAAGAAAAUGUAAAGAAAAUUACUUGGGACUUAGUGUCUGCUUUAUACUACUUGCAUUCUCAUAGGGUCUUACAUAGAGACCUGAAGCCACAAAAUGUUCUGUUAGAUGGCACAGGACGGGCCAAAUUGUGUGACUUUGGCCUGGCUAGAAUAAUGACUAACACUACACACAUACUCACAUCUAUCAAAGGUACUCCUUUGUAUAUGGCACCUGAACUUAUAGAUGAGAAGCCAUAUGAUCAUCAGGCAGAUUUAUGGUCACUUGGCUGCAUAGUGUAUGAACUUAUGGCUGGUCAGCCACCAUUUUGUACAAUGUCCAUAUGGCAACUUGUUAGAAUGAUUCGGCACAAACCAGUUCAAUGGCCUAGUUUUAUAAGCCCUGAUGCUAGAUCAUUUUUACAGGGUUUGUUACACAAGGAUCCAGAUAAAAGAAUGGCUUGGCCUGAAAUAUUGCAGCAUCCGUUUGUAGCGGGACAUGUGCUUAUACUGCCUGAGGAUAAACAGAGUGAUUCUCCAUUCACAAAGCCUUUGUCCUCUAGUCAACAAGAAGCAAAAUUUUUACAGACUGAAAAAAUGAUCAAGAAUCCCAAAGCCCUCAAAACUGAAAGUGAAUUAAAGACUGAAACCAGAGAGCAUGAUUUAAGAAACGUUCGAGGUGUCAUGCAAGCUAUGGAAUGUGUUCCAAUCUCAGAUGACGAUAGUGUCAGAGCAACCAGUGCUUUCAGUGUCCGAGAAAGUCUUAAAACAGACGAUGAAGACCAAUCGCAGCCCAUAACCGCAGCAAACGCUAAAUUACUGAGACAUGAGUUUAACGUCAUGAAUUCUAAUCUAGUUGUAUGUAAUCUCGAGAAAAAUAUGGCGCAAUUGAUGUCUGCCAACCAAAAACACGAGUUCAUAAAAAUGCACAAAAUAGAUGAAGAAAAGAAUGAUGUGCAUAAAGAAAACCUUGACAAGAAAGAGGCUCCAGUCGAUGCUACUGAUGAUAAAAAAGAUAUUGAUAUUAAACAAAAAUCAAAGCCACCAGAAACAGCGUCCCAAAGUUUGGAGAAUCCUAAAAGUUCAACAAAAUGCAGCAGUGAUAUUAGUUCAGGUCUAAGCAAAAGUGUACCACCGUCAUAUAAGCAAAAAAUACUCCAAUUCUCCAGAGAUAAACUGAGAUUUGGUAGCGGUGGAAACAGAUUAACCAGAAGUAUCAAACGUUCAUUCCAUUUUAGCAGGAGCUUAGACAAGAAUAAAACUGACACUCAAAGGCGUACUAGUGAGCCCACUAUAGAAAUAAAUAGUAUUACAGAAAAAAAGGUCCACUUGGAAAAUUCUAAAGAAGACAAAGAUGAAGAUAUUGAGAAAUGUGAAGUGAUUGAGGAAAUAUCAGAUGACAAAGAAAUUGCUGAUAAUGAUAGAAUUAUGAAAGUAGAAGAGAAAGCCGAAGUUAAGGAGCCAUCUUCCAUAGAGCUGGAGGAAUGGGAAGCCUUUCUAAAUUCUAAUAUCACAGAAGUAAUGGAAGGCGAUGUAGAAUCAUUGACACAGCUGAAUAUGGUAAGCAUGGUGGUGGGGGUAGUGGGCGUGGCCGCACGCAGUCCGCGAGGCGCGCGCGUGUGCGGCGCUGUGGCGGCGCUGCUCGCACUGCCCGCCCUGUCGCACUCGCUGCCGAGGCACACUCUGCUCAACAUACAGGACGUGUACCUGGAAGCGAAAGUUGUUUACAACUUCGUGGCGGCAAUAAACACUCUAAUGAAAGACAGCAAAGACGCCGACGAAGGAGCCGAGGACAGGAUCCAAGGAGUGAGUCGCAUGGUGGAGGUGUGCGCGUGGCUGUGCGUGCGCUCGUGUCGCGCCGUGCGGCAGUGCGCCACCGCUGUCAUUGCUUACAACGCACAGCCGGUCUUUACACACCUUUUGUCUUUGUAUUCAAGAACACCCCGAAUCACGCUAAACGUAGUUGGUAUUCUCAUAACCGUUCUCCAAGAUCUACCGGAACACGCGGACGUGGUAGAGAAAAUAUUGUUCGACGACGAGCGUUUCAACUUCUUGAGGCUUCUAGAACAAUCCAGCGACGCUCUGAAGAUGAGAGUGUGUAUACUCAUCAGUUUGCUCUGUACUUUCUCUUGUACUGCGUUCUCCGCUGCUAUGGAGUCCAAAUGGUCCAAACACGAGACUGAAUGUUUGGAAGCUCUGCAUACACAUUGUAACGUGGCCUUGAAUAGAGCGGCUCGAUUGGCUACUAAGGAGCUGAAUCAUAUGCCGUUUUAUUUAAGCUGAUUUUUUUAAAAUGUACCUAUAAUUUAGCAAGCGCCUCGCGGUUUCAUUCGCGUAGUUCCCGUUCCCGUGAAACACGGGAGAAAAAUAGCCUAUACUAUACUACAGCCUUUCUUGAUGAGUACUGUAUACCGACAAACAAAUUAGAAAUGAAGGUAGAAAACGCAUGUCAUUUUAUAAUUUAUUUUUUUAAAAAUAUGUAUGGUUUGCUUAUACAAUAUUAUACAAAUUAAAUUAACCAUAUCCAAUUGUUCUAAGCUUAUUAAUCAAACUUAUUUUCAUCAAUUUAAGAAUAAGUUAAUUAUAAUUAUUACUAGCGGACCCAGUCAAGCUUCGUUUUGACAUAAGUGCACUUAUUCUCUAUCCCUACUCUACCCUUCUAUACCUCUACCCUUACCCUACCCCUACCCUACCCCUAUCCUACCCCUACCCUACCCCUACCCUAGAUUAGAUAACCGGCCAUGUGCGAGUUGUACUCGCGCACGAAGGGUUGGCACUAUCUAUACUAAUAUUAUAAAGAGGUAAAGUUUGUGGUAUAGGCAUGAUGACAGUUUUUUAAAUUGUAUUUAAAAUAAAAGUACCUAUGCUAAUAGUAAAGCAAUUUUGUAACAGAGUAUUUGCGAUCAUUACUUUCGGAGGUCCCUGUAGCUUCGAAUGUAAGGAUCGCCAAGAUAAGGAUUUAAAGGGUCAUUUGCGGCAAUGCCACGAAUUAAUGACGUCAUCGAUCAUAGUGAUCGUUAGAUUUAUAUGGGCGUUCAAAUAAAAUUACAAAUAUUUUUGUUAUUCGUGUGCUUAUGUUUGUACUUCAUGUAAUGAAAAAUGUGUUUAAUAUAUGGAAACUAAAAAUAUUUGAAUUUUCAUCUAAUUACGAUAAAAGAUUUUUAAUAGAUUUUAAUAAUCUUGUUUAAAUUACAAACAUCCAAACAAUCUUUGUUAUAUAUGUAUAAAUUAGUUAAUAUUGACUUUAUUUACCCGAAUGUCUCAUAAACAUCAAUAUAUUCAAACCUAAUCAUCUUCCCUAUUGUAAGGGGUAAUCUCUGGAUAUAGGUACUAAACCAAUUUUGAAAAUUCUUUUACCGGGAACGGGAACCACGCGAGUGAAUCCGCUGGGCAUCUUACCGAUAAAAACGAAAAACAAAACACGUUUGUGCGGUGCAGCUAUACGCCUCGUGUUCAGACCGGACUCGAUGUUUGGUGCUAAAUACACAAGAAUAAAAUAUUUUAAUCAUUCAAUCAGUUCUUAUUUAGGAAGACUAAGGAAUAGUAAUUCAUUAUAAAUGUAAGAUUAUUGUAAAAAUAAUGAAUUUUAAAUUGUAUAUAAUGUGCCAUAUUUUAAAGAAAUCUCAAUAAAUACUCUUAUUUUAAUUGUA